CAACACCAAAAUCCAAAUUUCAUUAUUCAUGAAUUGGAUCCGCAAAUUUGGCUAAUCAAGUACUUCUUCAACAUCUACCCCACCAAAAAUCCACGCUUCCCUUCACUUUUUCCCUUUCCUUCAUUUUCAUUCCACACUUUUUCUUCUCCCUCUCUCAUUUCUCCGACAAACAUCACUCUCCACUUCAAACCCUGCUAAUUUCACCCCACUUCUUCAUUUCCACACCUCCCUUUCCUCAACCUCAUUCACCUUCCAAAGUUCCCAUCUUUUCUUCAUUUCUUGAAUACCCUUUUUGGGUUUGGUCUGUAUGACUUCAGGAACGAGGCUGCCCACAUGGAAGGAGAGAGAAAACAACAAGAGGAGAGAGAGAAGAAGAAGGGCCAUAGCUGCAAAGAUCUUCUCUGGUUUGAGAAUGUAUGGUAAUUUUAGAUUGCCUAAACAUUGUGAUAACAAUGAGGUUCUUAAAGCUCUUUGUAAUGAAGCUGGUUGGACUGUUGAACCUGAUGGAACCACUUACCGUAAGGGAUGCAAACCUUUAGAGCAUAUGGAUAUGAUUGGCGGAUCAUCGGCUGCAAGUCCUUGCUCAUCUUACCAUCCAAGCCCUGGCUCAUCAUCCUUCCCAAGUCCAUCUUCAUCUCCUUACGGUACAAAUCGUAACGAUGGUAAUUCCCUCAUUCCAUGGCUCAAAAACCUCUCCACAGCUUCAUCUUCAGCAUCAUCUCCGAAACUUCCACAUCCCUACCUUCACAGCGGCUCCAUCAGCGCUCCUGUCACACCUCCCUUGAGCUCUCCGACUUCUAGAACACCACAAAUGAAUACUACUGACUGGGAAGAUCGAUCUGCACGGCCGGGAUGGUCUGGACAGCAUUAUUCUUUCCUGCCUUCGUCUGGUCCUCCGAGCCCCGGCCGUCAGAUAGUUGAUCCUGAAUGGUUUGCAGGGAUCAAACUUCCUCACGCUAGUCCAACUUCCCCAACAUUCAACCUUGUCUCUCGAAAUCCAUUUGCUUUCAAGGAAGAUGGUUAUUCAGGCAAUGGUUCACGUAUGUGGACCCCUGGACAGAGUGGAACGUGUUCUCCGGCUAUUGCAGCGGGAUCGGAUUACACUGCUGACAUUCCUAUGUCAGAAGCCAUCUCAGAUGAAUUUGCAUUUGGAAGUAACACAUUUGGGAUGGUGAAGCCUUGGGAAGGAGAAAGGAUCCACGAAGAAUUUGUAACAGAUGAUCUUGAACUCACACUUGGUAACUCAAAGACCAGGUGAAGUCUUUAUAAAUAGGAAUGUCUGUGAUUGAAUGUAAUUACAUGAGCAUUAACUUGUGUUGUAAACCACCCGGAGUCCAGCGCAAGCGGUUGGCAUGCAGCAUGUUGUAAACUCCGAGGUACCGAUAAAAAAAACGUAAUUACUUGAUCAUUAACUCGUGUUGGUUUUGUUAAGUAAGAAAUAUUUGAGGUAAUGGAGAUGAGUGGAAGAAGCUUUUACAUUUUUCUCUUCUUUUUUUUUCUUUGUAAUUUUUCACUUAUAUUUGGUUAGUACUUCAGUAAUAUACAUGGUUAGUUAGGUGUGGGGUGAAUUUGCUAGCCAUUCAUUUCAUCGUUGUUGUAAGAAUGUAAGUCUUGUUAUUGGACUCAUCACUCAUUAAUAUACUUUAUGGAUUGGCUUGGUUUGCCGCUGAAAAUGAACUUUUUCUUAUAAUAAAAAUCGGAAGGAGUAUUAUAAAUAAGAACCAUCUAUCUCCUAUGG